CGAGUUCUUCUGAGUCUGUAAUAUGAAAAUUGGAAAGUUUCUUCAAGAUGGAACAUAAAUAAAUUUCUGGUUCAUCAUUAUUAAUAUCUGGAACCCUCUGGAUGUGAUUGCAGACUUGGAAAUAUAUUGUGUCCACACAAUUCUGUUUCUUACUGUGAACUACCCUUUUCUUCUGCAUAAACCAAAAUUCAUAUGUAGGCAAUUAGACAUCACCAUAGUCACCACUCCACUAAAUGCAGCUCGUUUUGCGCCAGUUAUUGUUCGCGCCAGAGAAUCUGGGCUCCAAAUCAGGGUGGAAGAACUCAACUUUCCCUCUGCAGAGGCAGGAUUACCUCAAUGGUGUGAGAAUUUCGACAUGCUGCCUUCAAUUGAGUAUAGUUCCAACUUCUUUACCGCACUUGCCAUGCUGCAGCAGCCUGCCGAGAAAUUGUUUCAACGGCUAACGCCCCGACCAAGUUGCCCCUGGACAGCCGAUGUUGCGACCAAGUUCCAUGUUCCAAGAAUCUCUUUCAAUGGAUUUUCUUGCAUUUGUAACUUGUGGAUUCAAAACAUACAUAAGUCUACUGUUCUUGACCUUUCACCUUUGUACUCUUAAACUAUGUCGUCCUAUCCAAUAGGACCCAAGUGGGUAACAUAAUUCCCGAGGUCAAUCAUGACUCUCAUAUAAAUACUCUUCUCCUACCUUGGAGAAGGGGAUCGAGUCCAAAAAACAUUACAAGCUGAAAACAAAAACUCUACGAACUCUCACGAAAUUUACUCAGACAAAACACAUAGACCAUCGUCGGAGCCUCUAUGACCGGCACCCCCAAUCUUGUCAAGGAGCCUUCACGAUUGUUUAUGUUGUGACGUUUGCAAAAUUCAAAGGUGCAAACGAGCUCCAUGAAGAUAAACAUUGAGUAUUCAACGAUUGUAGAAUUUACUCCUACAAUUGUCUCUGUCAUAGCUUCCAUUUCUUUCCAGUUAGAGACGUCCACACAACUCUAUUGUUUAUGUUGUGGCGUUUGCAAGAUUCAAAGGUGCAAACGAGCCCCACGAAGAUAAACGUUGAGUAUUCAACGAUUGUAGAAUUUACUCCUACAAUUGUCUCUGUCAUAGCUUCCAUUUCUUUCUAGUUAGAGAUGUCCACACAACUCUGCCUUGUACUCUAAACCACAACGUCUCUGAAUAAACCAAAAAUCUUAUGUUUGCUCUUACAUCACCACGUGAGAGGAUGAGUUUGAAUUAUCUGGAAUAUAAAUUGUGUGAAUGUAUGUUCUUCUGUAUGUAUGAGAGAGUGGCUAAUAGGUAGAAACCGCAACUGGCAUACUAAAACUCUUUCCAAAACUCAAAGUUGAUGAUAUGGCCUCCCACUUGCAACUCCAUUUCAUCUUGUUUCCUCUGCUAGCACCAGGCCACAUAAUACCCAUGAUAGACAUUGCUCGACUGUUAGCCAAGCGUGGCAUGGUCGUCACCAUAGUCACCACUCCACUAAAUGCAGCUCGUUUUGCGCCAGUUAUUGUUCGAGCCAGAGAAUCUGGGCUCCAAAUCAGGGUAGAAGAACUCAACUUUCCCUCUACAGAAGCAGGAUUACCUCAAUGGUGUGAGAAUUUCGACAUGCUGCCUUCAAUUGAGUAUAGUGCCAACUUCUUCGCCGCACUUGCCAUGCUGCAACAGCCUGCCGAGAAAUUGUUUCAACGGCUAACGCCCCGGCCAAGUUGCAUGAUUUCUGAUAUGUUCAUGCCCUGGACAGCCGAUGUUGCGACCAAGUUCCAUGUUCCAAGAAUCUCUUUCAAUGGAUUUUCUUGCAUUUGUAACUUGUGCAUUCAAAACAUACAUAAGUCUACUGUUCUUGAGAGCAUAAGUUCAGAUUUUGAAUACUUCGCUGUGCCGGGCUUCCCCGAUCAUAUCGAAAUCUCCAAAGCUCAGCUGCCAUUGCUCCUAAAACCAGAGGCGAUCGCGCUUCGCGACAAAGUACUAGCUGCUGAGAUGGUGAGCAUUGGGAUGAUUAUUAACACAUUUGAAGGGUUGGAGUCUGCAUAUGUCGAAGAGUAUAAAAAGGUAAAAGCCAAUAGGGUUUGGUGUAUUGGACCAGUUUGUUUAUACAACACAGAGGCUUUGGAUAAGCUGGAGAGAGGUAACAAGACCUCCAUUGAUGAAAAUGAAUGCUUCAAGUGGCUAGACUUACAGCAACCAAGGUCUGUAGUCUAUGCUUGUCUUGGAAGUGUUAGCAAUCUAACACCCUCACAACUGAAAGAGCUCGGAUUGGGUCUAGAGGCAUCAGGAAGGCCAUUCAUUUGGGUUUUAAGGGGAGGAAAAAGAUUAAAGGAAAUGGAGAAUUGGAUUUCAGAAGAUGGAAUUGAAGAAAGAAUCAAAGGAAGAGGCCUUAUUAUCCGCGGUUGGGCUCCGCAAGUUUUGAUUCUGUCACACCAGGCCAUUGGAGGAUUCUUAACACAUUGUGGGUGGAAUUCAAUACUCGAAGCAAUAAGCACUGGCAUGCCAAUGAUUACAUGGCCUCUAUUUGAAGACCAGUUCUGUAAUGAGAAGUUAGUUGCUCAAAUACUAAGGAUUGGUGUCAGUCUUGGCGUGGAGGUUCCGACACCAUUCGCACAAGAAGAGAAGGCAGGGGUCUUAGCGAAGAAAGAAGAUUUUCAGAAAGCUAUAGAUAGGUUGAUGAGUGAAGGAGAUGAGGGAGAAGAAAGGAGAAGGAGAACUAGAGAGCUUGGGGAGAUGGCAAAGAGAUCUGUAGAAGAAGAAGGCUCUUCUUACCUCAAUUUGACACAGUUAAUUCAAUGCAUCAUGCAAGGAGCAAAUGGAGAAAGAAGUGAGUGCAAAGAAACAAGAGAAGGAGACUCUGUACGAUCUUAACAAUCUCAGGCAAUACAAUUAAGCAGCAUCCAAUGCCAACCACACAUCAUUUCAGCAGGAACAUAUGAUUAAAUUUCUAACAGUACGUAAGAUAACAUAUUCCUCAUGUUUAAGAGCAACCAGUGUAUAAAGUAUAAUGAAGUUUAUAGUUCUA